AAAUUAUUGAGAUAUUUGGUUAGAGAAUCUAAGUUAACCAUCACUGUCAUGUGAGACAUGUGCUUGAGGAAAUAUGUAGGUUUGGACUUGUAAUGAGUGGUGAUUUUAGUACAAGCGUGCUCUUGCACGGGUGAGUGAUGUCCAAAACUAAUGGCUGAGAGCAUGGUGGUGGUAAUUCCUAGAUUCAGCUACAAAUUUAGUGCAAUCAUGGCUUGUUUCCAGACUUGUAUUAACACAUCAUUCCCCUUUUAAAAUUUCUACUGCUAAUGGCAUUUCAGUUUUGUAAUGAGCUCUUUGUCUCUUUUGAGUUUCAGCUAUCUGAUUGCGUCGAUGGGAUUGCAAGCACUGUGGAGCUUGGGACUUGCAUGUCUUGAUGGAUACGUCCUUAAAGUCAAAAGAGAUCUCAACAAUGCUGUUUUAGUGAGCUUAUUUGUUGUCGGGGACUGGGUCACCCAUCCUCGAGGGGCAGAAGGAGGGACGCAUCUAGUUGGCCAUCAAGGACCUGCUCUGCUCCUCUUCCUUGCAGAAGUCAGCCUCCGGCCAUGGCGGAUCUGCAGACGCCGCUGGUGCAACCAAAGAGGAAGAAGGUUCUGGUGGACUACCUGCUACGGUUUGCUUCGGUGUUUCUGGAUUUACACUGAAUUGUACUAUCUACAUCGCAUUCAUAAAGAUUUCCUCUCACAGUAGCUCCAUGCAAAAGAAGGUUGAAAGGAGAAGGAGAAGGACUGAAGGAGGUCCAUGUUGAAGAAGGUCGACAGAA